AGCCCGGAGUCCGGAGUAUCUCGAGAUCUCAGGAGAUAUCUACAGACAUAUCCACUGCCAUUGCUACUCUUAUUAUUUUUCCGACCCUUCGUGGUAACACCUCGAAUUCAGAAAUGACGGACCCCAUUCUCCAGAUCCCGGAGACCCUCCAGACAGCCUCCAUCAAUCCCCCGACUGCUUCCUCGGAGAAGAAGGAACUGACCCCCUCCGACGCUGACAGCAUCCCUUCGGAUAUUGUUGACCCCCACCGUAUGGUCCGGCCGCCUGCUCGACGACAUACUCUGCCUCCGCUGCCUGAUCUGCGCUUUGAACAAAGCUAUCUCGCCAGUUUAAGGGGAGCCGAUACUUGGGGACGAGUAGCGUGGAUCACCAUCAGAGACCAGGUUCUCCUUCCCCUAAUUCAGGGUACCCUGUGGACUCUCGCGCUCUCGGGAUGGCGGUAUUGGAACCGUACCGCUUCGCUCGGUGGACAAACGCUGGGGAGCCGGAUAAGAAGGUGGUGGUAUGAAGUCAACAACUGGAAAUUGCCUCCUCUCGCAGCAAAGAGAAACUCAAGUGUUGCUGUCCAAGUGCAGGACUUUUUACAGUCCUACGCGGCGCAGUUGUCGAACGCAGGUGCCGACUAAUAUUGUUGAAUUAUCAAGUUGAAUAGCUUGUACAUGGGUUGAUUCUUAAUGGCGGUUUCUGUUAAUAGCUUGCAUCCAGGGCGUUUAGGGUAUUGUGUCACUAUCAAAAAAUAGUCAAGGUGAUUAAUUCUACAGAGUUCGAGUUCUAUCGCACACUCCCAAGCACUCAAGGUAGUCUUAGGUUAUCAAAUUCAUUCAGGCUGGUCUCACCUGA